CCGGAAAGCUCCGAGGAGGAGCCUGGCGCCGCCAUUUUCCUGCAGCUGCCUGUCCCUCUUACCCGGUCGGGCUCCAGCUGACCAGGGAAGGGGUGGGCUGAGGUUGAGGCGCGGGGCCCGGGAGUGCCCCGACUUGGUGUGGGAGCCCGUGGGGAACACGCGAGCCGGGGCUCUCCGAGCGGGUGGCGGCGCGCGGCCCUGAGCCCCGCCCCAGGCCGGCAGGCGGGCCCGGAGCCGGUGGGGGUAGGGGGUGCGGUGGGGGGUGGGGACCCUCGGGCGCUUGGGGGUCCCAGGCCCCUCCGGCUGCGGAGCGGAAGGGGUGGCGGACGAGCUGCAGAGAUGUCUGGCCAGAGCCUGACGGACCGAAUCACCGCGGCCCAGCACAGUGUCACUGGCUCCGCGGUAUCUAAGACAGUAUGCAAGGCCACGACCCACGAGAUCAUGGGCCCCAAGAAAAAGCACCUGGACUACUUAAUUCAGUGUACAAAUGAGAUGAAUGUGAAUAUCCCACAGUUGGCAGACAGUUUGUUUGAAAGAACUACUAAUAGUAGUUGGGUGGUGGUCUUCAAAUCACUCAUUACAACUCAUCAUUUGAUGGUGUAUGGAAAUGAGCGUUUCAUUCAGUAUUUGGCUUCAAGAAACACAUUGUUUAACUUAAGCAACUUUUUGGAUAAAAGUGGAUUGCAAGGAUAUGAUAUGUCUACAUUUAUUAGACGAUAUAGUAGGUACCUAAAUGAAAAGGCAGUUUCAUACAGACAAGUUGCAUUCGAUUUCACAAAAGUGAAGAGAGGAGCUGAUGGAGUUAUGAGAACAAUGAACACAGAAAAACUGUUAAAAACUGUACCAAUUAUCCAAAAUCAAAUGGAUGCACUUCUUGAUUUUAAUGUUAAUAGUAAUGAACUUACAAAUGGGGUAAUAAAUGCUGCCUUCAUGCUCCUGUUCAAAGAUGCCAUUAGACUAUUUGCAGCAUACAAUGAAGGAAUUAUUAAUUUAUUGGAAAAAUAUUUUGAUAUGAAAAAGAACCAGUGCAAAGAAGGUCUUGACAUCUAUAAGAAGUUUUUGACUAGGAUGACAAGAAUCUCAGAGUUUCUGAAAGUUGCAGAGCAAGUUGGAAUUGACAGAGGAGAUAUUCCAGAUCUUUCACAGGCCCCCAGCAGUCUUCUUGAUGCUUUAGAACAACAUUUAGCUUCCUUGGAAGGGAAGAAAAUCAAAGAUUCCACAGCUGCAAGCAGGGCUACAACACUUUCCAAUGCAGUCUCUUCUUUGGCAAGCACUGGCCUAUCUCUGACCAAAGUGGAUGAAAGGGAAAAGCAGGCAGCAUUAGAGGAAGAACAGGCUCGAUUAAAAGCACUAAAGGAACAGCGUCUAAAAGAACUUGCAAAGAAACCGCAUACCUCUUUAACAACUGCAGCCUCUCCUGUGUCCACCUCAGCAGGGGGAAUAAUGACUGCACCAGCCAUCGACAUAUUUUCUACCCCUAGUUCUUCUAACAGCACAUCCAAGCUGCCAAAUGACCUGCUUGAUUUGCAGCAGCCAACCUUUCAUCCAUCUGUCCAUGCUAUGUCAGCUGCUCCUCAGGUAGCAAGUACAUGGGGAGAUCCUUUCUCUGCUACUCUAGAUGCUGUUGAUGAUGCCAUUCCAAGCUUAAAUCCUUUCCUCACAAAAAGUAGUGGUGAUGUUCACCUUCCUAUUUCUUCAGAUGUAUCCACUUUUACUACUAGGACACCUACUCAUGAAAUGUUUGUUGGAUUCAGUCCUUCUCCGGUUACACAGCCACAUCCUUCAGCUGGCCUUAAUGUUGACUUUGAAUCUGUGUUUGGAAAUAAGUCUACGAAUGUUGCUGUAGAUUCUGGUGGCUUUGAUGAACUAGGUGGACUUCUCAAACCAACAGUGGCCUCUCAGAACCAGAGUCUUCCUGUUGCCAAACUUGCGCCUAACAAAUUAGUGUCUGAUGACUUGGAUUCAUCUUUAGCCAACCUUGUGGGCAAUCUUGGCAUUGGAAAUGGAACCACUAAGAAUGAUGUAAGUUGGAGUCAACCAGGUGAAAAGAAGUUAACUGGAGGAUCUAACUGGCAACCAAAGGUUGCACCAACAACUGCCUGGAGUGCUGCAACAAUGAAUGGCAUGCAUUUUCCACAAUACGCACCCCCUGUAAUGGCCUAUCCUGCUACUACACCAACGGGCAUGAUAGGAUAUGGAAUUCCUCCUCAGAUGGGAAGUGUACCUGUAAUGACACAGCCAACCUUAAUAUACAGCCAGCCUGUCAUGAGACCGCCAAACCCCUUUGGCCCUGUACCAGGAGCACAGAUACAGUUUAUGUAACUAGAUGGAAGAGAAUGGAAUUACUCCAAGAAUAGAAGUGCACAGGUGGCGACUCCUUACUUCCAGCAAAAUCCAAACUGCUGUCUCUGAGACUCUUCCUCCAUUAGAGCUCUCCAGUAACCCAUGAUGGCCCACGACGGGAUGGGACUAGUUUAUAGGAGAGCGUUGUCAAUACCAUUUAUAAAGCCAAGAAUUGCCAUGAUUUAAGACUAAGAUCUGUCUUUUUGGUGACUAACACUUCAAUUCUUUCAACUCCUAUUAAUACCCAUAAUCAGUAACCUACCAAGAAAAGCCCGUAUUUGGAAAGUGUGGAGUUUGUGUUGGAAAAGCUGCCUGGAGAGAAGAGUUGUGUCCUUUACCAUAUUCAACAGGACUCAUUGGGGGAUCAAAAUCAUAAUUUUAAAUUAUGCAUUAUAUUUCUUUUCUCCACUCCUCACAAAUACAGAAACCAUAAUUAAAGUUAACUUUUCUUUUUAAAAAAAUUAUAUUCAGUUUGCAGUAGACAUUCCUUAAGUAUUUGUAUUUAUUUAUGAUUAUCAAUUUUACAUAACAUUAAUAUUAUAUCAAACCUCCUUAAGAAAAUGAGUAUGGAUGUUCACAGUAUGUUUGAUUUUUAUCUACAAGAAUGAAUCUGAUUCAGAAUGCUUUUCAGCUGACAUACAGAGCACUAAAUACUUUAAGGCAAAACCAUAGGUCUGAAUCUCUUAAGAAUUCUCAGUCUCUAUGGGAUGUAGGGACGCAUUAUAAAUGCAUUAAUCCUUAUAGUCAAUCCUGUGCCUAGGAUUUUGCAAGGGAACAGUUCACUGACUAGGAAAAGCACUACAUUUAAAUUCAGCAUUAGUGCACUGGGAAGGAUCGUUUCUGCUUUGUGCUUGGCAUGUCAUUAUUUCCCACUUGACAUUAGGGCCUUUCCAGAUGAAUGUGAGGAAUUGCUUUCACUUCAAGACUUUCCUUCUUUUCAGUAAAACUUUAGGAGAUGUAAUGGGGAAAAGGGAGGGGGACAGAAAUCCUUGAACUUUUUAUUUGGCGUGUGCCAUGUUAUGAUCAUGUACCUUUUAAAUAAGGGGAGAUAGUAUCUUUAAAGUCAGUGUCUAGCCAAGAGCUUAGCUAAUGAAGAAUUACACUGCACUGUUGACCGGUGCAUUCUGUACAUACAUCUUAACGCCUGGGGUGAGAGGGGCCUUAAGAAGGACAGGUCAUUGUAGGAAAGCAAUUCUGUACAUGAGUUAAGCAUACUUGUUGCAUUGUCUCUGCAGAUUCUAUUUUUGUUUACAAUAUUAAAAUGUAUGUUAGCAAAUGGGUGGAUUUUCAAAUAAAAUGCAGCUUCCACAAAA